AUGCCCUCGAGUCAUAACGAUCCUCCAUCUGUGUCUACUGGUCAACUAGCUAUGGACGACGCCGAUGAUUCUUCGAUCAAAGGACUCAAGCUCAACCCUGCUGAGCGGGCCUGGGUAAUCAACAACUUCUACCAGGAGUUUCUUACCAAUAAGGCGAAUCGAGGGGCACGGAACCAACCCAACGGCAAGAAGUUUGCACACAGCACAGUCACAGACGCAUACAUCAAGCAUCAUUGGGGUUCUUGGAGCGAUCAGAAGAAGGAGAGAUACAAGCCGAAGCUACGAGAAGAUGGGGCCGCGCAAAAGGCCGACGAGGCAUCCAAAGCUCCAAAAAGACCGAAGAAGAUUAGCCCUGAAAACGAGUGGUCGCGGAACAACCCACAAGAAGUCCAACGCGAGAUGAACAAGUAUCUGGAAAACACGCCGGGCUCGUCGUGGAACGUUGGCUCCGUCCGCCAUGUGACUUGUCGCACCUUUGAGGGCUUGCCGAGCGACCAAAGACAAUACUGGCAGGAACAAGCAGAGGCAGAACGACAACGGCAAAACGCUUCAUUGCCCUAUCAAGGCGAGACCCUAGCUCAUUACGUGUCUGAUUGGAUGAAGCUACUGAACCGCCUGGCUCUGGAUGGUGAGCGAUGCGGUAACCUAUCGCUUGCGGCCUUCGUAGGUUGGCAAAGCAUUGAUAGCAACGGUGUAGCCGUUCAAAAUGUUGAUAUCUAUACGUCCGAGAGUAUCGCCGCGUUCAAGGAUUCGCCAGAGCAGAUUGAAGCUCACGCCAAGUUCACACAUUGGCUCGAAGGAUAUAAUGGUGUUGCUAUCAGCGGGAGCGACCCGGCUCCCACAGCCAUUCCGAAUCCAAAAUUUCACAACCGUCCAGAAAUGCCACCACUAGAGGGCAAGCCAAAGCUUUCUCUCGUUCGCCAGCAAAACCGUGAUUUUAUCAAUGCGGAAUGGUCAUUUUAUGGCGGAGUUGGCCCAACUCCUUGGACACUAUUAGGGGAAGUUCAUCGCCAGGGACAACUGCACACCUGGGUUCACGGUUGGCCGGAAGAUCUUGAUUUUUCCGAGCCGUCAAACCAGAACAUUGCCGACUCUAUCCGACUUAACGAGCACUUACGGGGACGCCAAAAUGGACUAGCCAGCGACAAACAGUUCCGAUUCAAACGGGUAUUCGGUAGUAGUAACUCCCCUCCUGCUCAUUGUGUAGCUACUCGGAUAUCGAAGGUUCAGCAUCGAGGCAACACCGUUCAUCAGCUGGAUUACGAUGGCCCGGUGGACAAGCCGCAAUGCGAACGUGCGGUCGCAUAUCCCCCACGAUGCUGGGCUUAUUUUUAUCAUCAUUUUCAGCAGAAGAACUUGAACCAUUGGCUUGGUCUAGCGAGCGUCAGCAAUAUGCCAGUCAUAGUGUUGAUCCCCGAGGACGUGCUCACGUUUAUUCGCGGUUUCCUUGGCCCCGUCGACUCUGUAUUAUCCGCCAAAAUAAUCAAGACGCUCGAAAUGGUCAACCUAAUUGAAGAGCAUGGGCCACACACAACUCCUCAAGGCAUAUGGGGCUUGGCUGAUGGGAAUAAUCCCCUCCCAGCACUCAUGCCGGCGAGAAAGCUUUCGACCCCUUCGGCUCUGUCAUCGCGAAUAAUUAACGAGUUCUGGGUGCCCGAUUCAUAUGGGAUGAGUUCGUAUGCAGCACAAAGUAAAGGGCUUGGGCGACAUUCAACUCUCGAGUAUUUCUUCUUAUCGAUCGAUCGUUUGAAAGAUAGCUCUUUCAUCCACUCGACUAGUCAGACCGUGCAAGGUGGCAUUGGUGGCGUUGUCAAUAUCAUAAUUCCUCUGGUUCAGCUACUAUUGAACGCGGCUGUUUCGGCUCUAAGCCUCAAGAAUCUCCCGUCUCCCCCGCCCUCGUCACUGGAUUUGGAUGGUCUCGGUCAUGGCGAAUUUUACAAAAUUUGCAAGUACCUCGACGCUUGGUCUGAGGUAUGCGAGCGAUCUGUUUCUAUCCUAUCGAGCUCCUCACAUGAGCGCAUACAUUCGGGCGACGGCAUCGCGGGAUCGGUCGAAGCUUCGGAUAAGGACUUGACUAGUACCAACUCUGGUGACAACGACAAAUUGCCUCGAGUAGAUGCCACCCAGCCAAGAAAGGCUACCGGCAAAGGUACAGCCCUGGCCUCCCAACGCGCACCUGAGGAGAUCGCACCCGUGUCAUCUACUGAGUUGGAUGGAGGAUCCAACUCAGGAGAGAGAAACCCAGAUGACGAGGCUGUGCCUAUUGUUCUUGACAACGCGCUUUUUGAGCCCACUCCCCAGCGUCAAUCCACCACAGAUUUCAACCAACGGAAACACAUAUUUGGACUCUUUGCUGCUCAACCUGAUGUGCCAGCCAUUACGGCCGAUCCUGAGGAUAUCGCAAAGGAGGCUGAGACAUGCCUGACUGAGGCCCAGGCUGCGGUGUCGAGGUGGCAGGUGCUGGAUACCUUAUACAACAUUCCCUACCCGCUGGCCGCUAUGCGCUAUGCCCAGACACUUUCUCAGCGUGCCGAAGAGUCGAUCCAACCACUAGUAACCAUUAUAUUACUCCAUCGGUUCAAUUUUAACAGAUGUCGAGAUUUAUGGCCUCGGGUCAAAUCGUACCACCAGGGCGUGCUUCUUUCUCUGCGUAAAUUGGCACAUAUUUUGAAGGCGCUAGAAGGUCUUUUACGGGACGAUGCUCAGUCGCAAGUAGCCCUCAAGAAGUUUGGCGAAAUCCUGGCUGAAGUCAAAGCACGGUCAUUGGUGUGCUGCGCAAUUGUCGAGCCGCUCAAGCAGUUGGAGCUUGUUUCCACUUAUCACGCAAAUCGCCUGAAGGACCUCUGGGAUGCCGACGUAUUUAGCCUUGACCCAAGUGAGAUCGGUGAGCUGGUGCAUGGGUUAGAUGCUUGGCGAGAUCAGGCCGAGGGGACGCUUCGUGAACUUAGCCAUUCUGUGAUCAGAAAAUGGCAACUGUUAGGGUUGCACGACUAUGCUGAAAUUCCGAAAGAGGUGAACUUUCGAUUUGGAAGUCCAGGAGGUGUGCUUUUCACCGCUGAAUCAAGAAAAAUUCUACAGCAGCAUCAAUUGACUCUCGCCUUGGCUCCGAAUCCCGGCCCGGGUGCCAACACCGGCUUGCCUAGGCCAAUCACACCCGACCCCUGGGACACCUCUGUCCCAGAAAUGCCUCCCAUUCUGCCACCAUCUUCCUUGAGUCAAAGCGCUAGAUCUCCCACCCCUGGACUGUUCACAAAUGUCUCGCUUACGGUUGGCCCUCCCUCGACCAAUUCUCAAAUGUGCUCACCUCAAGCAGACGCCAGUCAGGAGCUUGCAUCGUCCAAACAUCAAGACAUAACCGCUGAAAUUGUUGACAAAGAACCAUCUGCUUCUCAAGCAACGGUGGGGGAACCGGUUUUGAUUUUGGGCAACGUGGAUGCGGUGGAUAGUAGGCCAGAGGUGAUGGUGGUGUCCGUGAAUUGUGAGGAAGAACGGUGGGAGGAAGCGCCUGCGUCUGACAAACAGAAUGAGCCCCGUCGGUCAACCCGCGGAAGGGUCACUCUGGCUGGAGGCAAGAUGCUCCGGCUUGCAACUGCAGCCUUGGGUGCAAUGCAUGAUGCCCCAACAAAAGUCUUGCGGCGGUCACAACGAGGGGAGGCUGGACUAUGUGGAGGUGAAGGGGAAAACAAGGCCAAAACAAUGGUAAAAACAAGGGCAAAGCGGAAGUCUGAAGCAGCGGUGGCAAGAGAAACAGAGGGUGUUGGUAGGAAAAAGGCUGCAAAGCGUCAGAAGGUAAACAAGUGA